AUGGGCAUUAAGGGCUUAACGAAGUUUCUGGCAGACCAGGCUCCAUCUGCCUUGCAGAUGGAAGCUCGAGCCUCUCUGCUAGGCCGCGUGGUCGCUGUGGAUGCCUCUAUGGCGCUAUAUCAGUUUCUCACGGCUGUGAGAGACGCACAGACAAUGGGAAACCUCACAGAUGAGUCCGGGAAUGUUACCAGUCACCUGGCUGGAAUGCUUGCAAGGGUCACCAGGAUGCUAGAACAAGGCAUUCGGCCCGUUUACGUUUUUGACGGGGCAGCCCCCGAGCAGAAAGCUGCCGAGUUGGAUCGCCGCAGGGAGCGACGAGAGGAGGCAGUGGCGCUCGCUGAAGCAGCGAAGGAGGCUGGCGAUACGGCGGAACUGAGGAAGCAACUGGCGAGAACUAUUCGCGUCAGUCCAGAGCAGAAUGCAGAGGUCCAGCGGCUGCUGCAGUUGCUGGGGUUGCCUGUGGUGAAGGCCCCUGGGGAAGCAGAGGCUCAGUGCGCUGCGCUUGCAAAGAGCGGCAAAGUGUGGGCAUCCGCGACGGAAGACGCAGAUGCUCUUACUUUUGGAACGCCUAUUCUUAUUCGGAAUCUCACAUUCAGCGAUAGCAGCACGAGCAGCAGCAGCAGCGGAGCUGGUAGUGGUACGGGGGUCAAGGGGCACCCGGUGCUUUCUAUUCGCCUUGACAAGGUCUUGAGUCAGCUGCAGCUCACGAUGGAUCAGUUUAUCGAUUUUUGUAUUCUCUGCGGCUGCGACUAUUGUGGAUCGAUUCGGGGUGUCGGUGCCAAAACAGCCUACAACAUGAUUAAGCAGCACGGCAACAUAGAGGGGGUUUUGGAGGCUUUGGAUAAGGAGAAGUACACGGUUCCCGACCCCUUCCCCUUCCAAGCGGCGAGAGAAUGCUUUAAACAGCCCUUGGUGCUGCCGCCAGAGGAAAUCUCCCUAAAGUGGGGCGACGUAGACGAGCAGGGACUUAAACAGUUCCUAGUGCAGGAACGAACCUUCAGCGAGGCACGGGUGGAGGGAUACCUGCAGCGUCUGCGGAAGGCCAAAGGCCUCUCCACGCAGACACGGCUUGAAAACUUUUUUGGGAGCACGGUCAGCAAGGCCUCCGAUUUGGCUGUCAAGCAGAAGACAGAACAGGCCAACUCGAAAAACGCACAAAAAAAGAGAAGUGGACACUUCAAAGGACCCCCCGCGAAGGAACUCGGAGGACAUAGAGGAGACUCGCACGAUCGCAAUAGGCUGACUGCUCCCACCUAA